AUGGAGCCAAAUGCUGCACAGCUGGAUACUGACAAUGAUGGCUAUGGAGACGAAUGUGACGAUGACGACGACAAUGACACAGUGCUCGAUGACGUUGACAAUUGCCGUCUUCUGCCCAAUAUGGACCAAGCUGACUUUGAUGGUAAUGGUAUCGGAGAUGCCUGCACUCCUGACUUCGACAUGGAUGGAGUGGUUGACACUGAUGACAUUUGUCCUGAAAAUAACGCCGUCAGCAGGACGGAUUUCAGGGACUACAACACCAUCAAUCUUGGAGACGGCAGCUCCAAUAACCCACCGAAUUGGGAGUUUCUUAACGAUGGUGCGGAGAUAACACAAAACGAGAACAGCGACCCCGGAAUACUUCUUGGCACAACGAACUUCGACAGUGUUGACUAUCGAGGAACCUUCUUCGUGAACACCCAGGUUGAUGACGACUUUGUCGGCUUCGUCUUCAGCUACCAGAGCAACUCCCGCUUCUACCUGGUGUCCUGGAAACAGGCAGGGGACGGCAGUGGUGGAGAACCAGGUGUUCAACUGAAGCUGGUGAACUCGACGACCGGACCCAGUCAGGACUUAGCAUUAGCUCUGUGGAAUGCAGCUAACGUUGGGGGACAGACCAAGCUGCUGUGGGAGGACGCCAACAAGAUCGGUUGGAAUGACAAGACCGCCUACCGGUGGGAACUGAAGCAUCUUCCUUCCAUCGGCCUCAUCAGGUUGAAGCUAUACACAGGAAGUCAGCUUAUUGUGGACUCCGGUAACGUGGAGGACUUCUCCUUGCGUGGCGGCCGCCUUGGGGUAUACUGUUACUCCCAACAGGACGUCAUCUGGUCGGAUCUUGUUACCAAAUGCGACGACACCCUGCCUUAGGAUUUCAUUAUCUGGCCGUGACCAAAUCGGCCGUGACAUUACAGCAGUGCAUCAACACUUCUCCCCGCUCUGCUCAGCUCAGCUCAGCUCAGCUCAGCACAGCUCAGCUCAGCUCAUCUUCUCUUUGAUUAUUUCUGUUUAUGACAUGCUAGUACUUAUUUCUGAUAAUUUUCUUUGGCUUCCCAACAACAAACACGGAAUGAUAAAUGACAUGUUUUGAACUUGAACAUUAGAUUGGUAAUUUCUGUGAUCGACAUUAUUAAUCAAAUCUGUCGGUCAACUUAAUGCGAUUUUGAUUUCGUAAUAACGUUUGCACACAUGUAUGCACUGGCUGUAUACUGUACACUGUGCUAGAUUGAAUUAAAGACGGCAAAAUCAAUAAAGCGUAUAGUACAACAAAGGAUGCCACCACAGAUUGCACUCAUUCAUUCAUUCAUACGUUCAUUCAUUUCUUAGGGUGGUUAUGUAGCUUUUGUCGCGUGACGCAAUCGGCAGCGCGUUGGGCUCUGGCCCAAAAGGUCCCGAAUUCGAAUCCUGC